CAACCAGCGUAUCAAUAUCAAGCUAAUCCUACGGCAGAGGUCCCCAGCCACCGCCCAUUCUUCUCGAAGACAUCAAUUCGUCGCUUCUCGUCUUCGCAAAGUCCCUAUUCAAGAAAAGAGGGUAGACUCAUUCUAAAUUCAUCAAAUAAUCCCCAAAAGGCAAAGAUGGGAUUGUUGGAUUUGGAGAAACACUUCGCAUUCUAUGGCGCAUACCACAGCAAUCCAGUGAAUGUGUUGAUUCACGUGGUGUUUGUUUGGCCAAUUCUUUUCACGGCUUUGAUUCCCUUGUAUUUCACACCUCCAAUCUUGAACGCCUCUCCGAUUCAGCUCUGUGACCACACCAUCCUCGUCCUGAAUUAUGGGUUCUUGUUCACCUUGGUUUAUGGGAUUUUCUAUGUGGCUUUGGACAAUAAAGCUGGAUCUUUGGCUGCCUUGCUAUGUUUCCUCUGCUGGGUUUUUAGCAGUUCUCUUGCUCAUAAUCUGGGUUUCUCCCUCGCUUGGAAGGUCGCUCUUGCUGCUCAGUUGAUCUGCUGGACAAGCCAGUUUAUAGGUCAUGGAAUGUUUGAGAAGCGAGCCCCUGCUUUACUGGACAAUCUUACACAAGCAUUACUUAUGGCACCUUUCUUUGUCCUGUUGGAGGUGCUGCAAUCUUUGUUUGGCUAUGAGCCUUAUCCUGGCUUCCAUGCCAAAGUCAAAGCAAAGAUAGAUGCUGACAUUAAAGAGUGGAAAGAAAAGAAAAUUUCUUGAGUAGAAAAAUGGUAUAUUGGUGAGAAUAUACCAUUCUGCUGUUUCUGUGAAUGAAAUAACAAAGUAUAUAAGAUCAGGCUCAAAAUGGAAUUGUACUAACAGAUCUUGGUAUACUGAGAAUUUCUUAUUUCAUUCCAACCAUAAAGGGAAUACAGAUUGCGUAGUCAUUGAACCUAUUACAACUAUCAAGUAUUUGAUUCUAAUUCAAAGUUUGAACCAAAA